UGAAGCUGCUCUUUCCAGCCCAGUUAAAGUGUUUCUGUUCUGUCUGAACGAAGAUUGAGUGAAACCUUCUCCUCCGGCCAACAUCUAAUGCUAAAUGGAGAGGAUUGGAAAUCUCAAAGACCUGACCCAGUCAAUCAAUUAAUUGAGUCUCGAAACUCAUUGGCAUGGAAUCGAGUGAAAUGUCAUCAGUUCUGUUUGCUGUCAAAGGUUUUGAACAUCAGACAGAAUGGAAAGGCACCAAGGCAUACGCAUGAGGGUGAACUGACAGUGGAAAGAGAGUAGAAACAUUUCUUACUGUUCAUAACGGGGAGAGACUGCACAUGUGUUCUACCUCAUGGACAAGGCUCUGACUGGUCAUUCAACCUGAAAGGGCACAUGGAGAACCUCCAUAUGGAGCGGCCAUGGAAAUGUGCGGACUGUGGGAAAGGAUUCAGAUCCCCAUCUAAGCUGGAGAUUCAUUGUCGCAGCCACACUGGGGAGAGACCAUUCACCUGCUCCUUGUGUGGCAAGGGCUUCACUGAUUCAUCCAACCUGCAGAAACAUCAGCGACUUCACACAGGGGAGAGGCCAUUCAACUGCUCCGAGUGUGGAAAGGAAUUCACUUUGCUAUCCAAGCUGCUGACCCACCAGCGAGUUCACACCCGGGAGAAACCUUUCACUUGCUCGGAGUGUGGGAGAGGAUUCACUCAGUCAUCCAACCUGCUGAAACACCAACAGGUCCAUGCUGGGGACAAACCGUUCCCUUGCUCUGAGUGUGGGAAGGCGUUCACGCAGUUAUCUCACCUGCUGACGCACCAGAGGGUUCACACUCGGGAGAGACCGUUCAUUUGUUCAGAGUGCAGGAAGGGUUUCACUCAGUCCUCCCACCUGCUGACCCACCAGCGGGUUCACACCAGGGAGAGGCCGUUCACUUGCUCUGUGUGCGGGAAGGGAUUCAGUGACUCAUCCAAUCUGCAGAAACACCAGCGAGUUCACACCGGGGAGAGGCCAUUUGUCUGCUUGGAGUGUGGGAAGGGAUUCACUCAGUUAUCCCACUUGCAGACGCAUCAGCGGGUUCACACCAAACAGAGACCAUUUACCUGCUGUGUGUGUGGGCAGAGGUUCACUGAUUCCUCCAACCUGGAGAUACACCAGCGAGGUCACAAGUAUGGGCGAUUCAAAGCGCAUUCUCUGAUGGAGCGGCUUGCCUCAUCAGGACCUGAAUGUCGUUGGCCUUUGGAUAUGGAAAGCAGUGAAGAGAAACCAUGGAAAUGUGGAGAUUGUGAGAAGGGCUUUGAUUACCCAUCUAAACUGGAAACACAUCGACGCAGUCACACCGGGGAGAGGCCGUUCACCUGCUCGGAAUGCAGGAAGGGAUUCCGUGAUUCCUCCUCCCUGCAGAAACACCGGCGUGUUCACACCGGAGAGAGGCCAUUCGCCUGCCCCAAAUGUGGGAAGGGAUUCACUCAGCUUGCCCACCUGCUGAAGCAUCAACGUGUUCACACCGAUCAGAGACCUUUUCAAUGCCUGGAAUGUGGGAAGUGCUUCAAACAUUCUGGUGACCUGAUGUCCCACCAACGGGUGCACACUGAUGAGCGACCAUUCAGGUGCUCUGAAUGUGGGACUGGAUUCAGACAAUCAUCCGAUCUCACUGUACACCAGCGGGUUCACACUGGAGAGAGACCAUUCACCUGCCCUGUGUGUGGGAAGGGAUUCAUGACUUCAUCCGACCUACUGAGACACCAGCGGGUCCACACCGGGGAGAGACCAUUCACCUGCUCCGAAUGUGGGAAGGGGUUUACUCAGUCGUCCAACCUUCAGUCACACCAGCAAGUUCACACCGAUGAGAAACUGUUCAGGUGCUCUCACUGCGGGUCUGGCUUCACAGGACCGUCUCAACUCCGUGUACACCAGCGAGUGCACACCAGGGAGAGGCCGUUCACCUGCCCUCAGUGUGGGAAAGGAUUCACCCAGUCGUGUAACCUGCUGAGACACCAGCGCGUUCACAACGGGGAGAGACCAUUCACUUGCACAGAGUGUGGGAAAGGAUUCACCCAGUCUUCCCACCUGCUGAUACACCAACGUAUUCACACGGAGGAGAGGCCAUUCAGGUGCUCGCACUGUGCUGCUGGCUUCAGGCGAUCAUCGCAACUCAUCGAACACCAGUAUAUUCACACUGGGGAGAAGCCUUUCACCUGCUCUGUGUGUGGAAAGGGAUUCACUCGGUCAUCCCAUCUGCUGACACACUUGGAAAUUCACAAGCAGCUCCCCAUGUUGGAUUUCAUUGUUAAUCCAUUCCGAACUGAACUGUGUUCAUUGGAGACUGUUUCGGCGAAUAAACUGCAGAUCAGUCAUUGAGAUCGUCCAGUCAGCUGCUUAACAUCACUUCCUCACUUUCACCAGCCACUGGACAGAAUUACUGCUAAUGUUCCUCCUUGCCUGAGCCCUGAACCUUUCUCUCACUUAGCUCCUCCCUCCAUUUGCCUUGAUUUUCCAUUUUGUCCACGCAGCUUGGGCGAUCAGUUUUGAAGUCUUGAACCAAGGGUGAGAGCAGGGGAGGGACUGGGAAAAUAGUGAAGCAAGCAGUGAACAUGGUUCUUCGACAGUUCAAGAGCAGGGUGGGUGGGCGAGAGCUGAAAGAAUCGUGAGACUUAAUAGUUUGGAGUUAUGAGAGCAGAUUGGGUGGGUUUGUGAAGUCUGGGACCGCAAAUGGAGUUCAGAGUUCUGGCAGUGGUAAACCUGUGUGUGUUUUGGAGAUGCCUGGUUGUGUUGUAAGGGCUAUCCGCCUGUAUGCCGGUCAUUGUGCAUCUGUGUAGGAGGAUGUGUGUUUGGAAAUUGGGGUCCCCUUUAAAAUAUUUAGAAUUUCUUCUGUAACAUGAGACUUUGAAAAAGUAAUGAAGAGGAUUGAUGAGGGCAUAGCGGUGGACGUGAUCCAUAUGAACUUCAGAAAGGCGUUCAACAAGGUUCCCCAUGGGAGACUGUUUAGCAGGAUUAGAUCUCAUGGAAUACAGGGAGAACUAGCUAUUUGGAUACAGAACUGGUUCAAAGGUAGAAGACAGAGGGUGGUGGUGGAGGUUUGCAUUUCAGACUGGAGCCCUAUGACCAGUGGAAUGCCACAAGGAUUGGUGCUGGGUCCACUACUUAUCGUCAUUUAUAUAAAAGAUUUGGAUGUGAACAUAGGAGGUAUAGAGUUUGCAGAUGGCACUAAAAUUGGAGGUGUUGUGGAUAGUGGGUUACCUUAGAUUGCAAUGGGAUCUUGAUCAGCUGGGCCAAUGGGCUGAGAAAUGGCAAAUGGAGUUUAAUUUAUAUGUGAGGUGCUGCAUUUUGGAAAAGCAAAUUAGAGCAGGACUUGUAUACUUAAUGGUAAGAUCCUAGGGAGUGUUGCUGAACAAAGAGACCUUGGAGUGCGGUUCAAAGCUCCUUGAAAGUGGAGUCGCAGGUAGAUAGGGUAGUGAAGAAGGUGUUUGGUAUGCUUUCCUUUAUUGUCGGAGUAUUGAGUACAGGAGUUGGGAGGUGAUGUUGCAGCUGUACAGGACAUUGGUUAGGCCACUUUUGGAAUAUUGCGUGGAAUUCUGGUCUCCUUCCUAUUGGAAAGAUGUUGUGAAACGUGAAAGGGUUCAGAAAAUAUUUACAAGGAAGUUGCUAGGAUUGGAGAAUUUGAGCUAUAGGGAGAGGCUGAACAGGCUGUGGCUGUUUUUCCUGGAGCAUUGGAGGCUGAGGGGUGACCUUUUAGAGAUUUAUAAAAUUAUGACGGGCAUGGAGAGGGUAAAUAGACAAGGUCUUUUCCCUGGAAUAGGGGAGUCCAGCACUAGAGGGCAUAGGUUUAGGGUGCGAGGGGAAAGAUUUAAAAGAGACCUAAGGGGCUACAUUUUCACACAGAGGGUGGUAUGUGUAUGGAAUGAGCUGCCAGAGGACGUGGUGAAGGCUGGUACAAGUACAGUAUUUAAAAGACAUCUGGAUGGGUAUAUGAAUAGGAAAGGUUUAGAGUGAUAUGCGUCACGUGCUGGCAAAUGGGACUCUGUUAGGUUGGGAUAUCUGGUCAACAUGGACGAGUUGGUCCAAAAGGUUUGUUUCUAUGGUGUACAUCGCUAUAACUCUGUAACAUGGUUAAAUUAAGUCAUAGUUGCAACUAACCUUCGAUACACACCAACACAAUAUUCAUUGGGCGCCACACUGCUCUACUAUUAUGAGUCUAAGUUUUGAAGAUACAUUUUUGCUAAUGGAGAGAAUGGAACCUGCCUUCCAAAUGGGGAUGAGCAAGGGGACAACAGUCACCUUAGCAUCGUGAGUAGCUGCUUAUGGUCAUUGGUCGAUGGGCUUUAAACAGGUGACUUACGCAAUAUUGAUGGCUGACCCUCAAAAUAAGAUAUGGAACAAGGAUAGCUGGGGAGAGAGAAAGGAUUCAGAGAAACAAGCCACUACCAUCUUGGGAGAAGACCUGGAGUUCCCUGAUGUCAGCCCAAGGAAGGGACAAAGAUUGUUACUGCCAAAGACUGCACAGUAUCAGUAACAAACAGUCCAUCACUUCAAAACUACCAUCCCUGAUCCACCAUUUGAUAGAACAGCUUCAGGACCAGGUGAAGCAUUUGCGCUGUCAGUCGUAUGUGGUUGUCUAAUUAAUAUAUCAUAUACAAACUUCUGUUUAAUAAAUUUUCAGAAAAUAGCUCCAAAUUGAAAACUGCCUAUAUUAAGUAAAGUCACUAGUCUCAGA